UCCUUCGACACCACCAUUUUACAGGGGUUUACUGCGCGGACUUUUCCAAAGUUCCUAGGCUUCAUGCCUUUCGGGACCUUGUAGAGGAGGCGGCGACGGCGGCGGCGGGGGGGGGGAGGAAGAGAAGGAAGCGUCUCCAGUUUGAGUCUAUGCAGCCCUUCGGCUCUCAGGGAGGAACGUCCCUGCCCCGAUGAGCCCCCGCCGUGCGUCGCCGACUGUCCCCCGGCGGGAUUGGGGCGCGGAGCCCAGCGCCGACGAUCGCUGCUGCUUUGCCCUUGGGGGUAGGAUGUGGUAAAAGGAUGGAGCUUCUCCCUCCCGGGGCUCACAAUGGCCAGAGAAGAUUCUGUGAAGUGCCUGCGCUGCCUGCUCUACGCGCUCAAUCUGCUCUUUUGGUUAAUGUCCAUCAGUGUGUUGGCAGUUUCUGCUUGGAUGAGGGACUACCUAAAUAAUGUUCUGACUUUAACUGCAGAAACAAGGGUGGAGGAGGCUGUCAUCCUGACUUACUUUCCUGUGGUUCAUCCGGUCAUGAUCGCCGUUUGCUGUUUCCUUAUCAUAGUGGGCAUGUUAGGAUACUGUGGAACAGUGAAAAGAAACCUGUUGCUUCUCGCGUGGUACUUUGGAAGUUUGCUUGUCAUUUUCUGUGUAGAGCUGGCUUGUGGUGUUUGGACGUAUGAGCAGGAAGUAAUGGUUCCAGUACAGUGGUCAGACAUGGUCACUUUGAAAGCCAGAAUGACAAACUAUGGCUUACCUAGGUACCGGUGGCUUACUCAUGCUUGGAAUUUUUUUCAGAGAGAAUUUAAGUGCUGUGGAGUGGUAUAUUUCACUGACUGGUUGGAAAUGACAGAGAUGGACUGGCCCCCAGAUUCCUGCUGUGUCAGGGAAUUCCCAGGAUGUUCCAAACAGGCCCACCAGGAAGAUCUCAGUGACCUUUAUCAAGAGGGUUGCGGGAAGAAAAUGUAUUCCUUUUUGAGAGGAACCAAACAACUGCAGGUGCUAAGGUUUCUGGGAAUCUCCAUUGGAGUGACACAAAUCCUGGCCAUGAUUCUCACCAUUACUCUGCUCUGGGCUCUCUAUUAUGAUAGAAGGGAACCUGGAACAGACCAGAUGAUGUCCUUGAAGAACGACACCACUCAGCACUUGUCAUGUCACUCAGUAGAACUGUUGAAACCAAGCCUGUCGAGGAUCUUUGAACACACAUCCAUGGCAAACAGCUUUAACACACACUUUGAGAUGGAGGAAUUAUAGAGAAUGUCAAAGAAGGAGGCUACAAAUUUAUUUUAUUGGACUUGUGAAUUUUUGAGCACAUACUUAUCUGUUUCAGAAAUGUGUAAAAGUAAAAAUGUUGCCAUAAAAGGAUGCCUAAGCAUAUAAUUUUAUAUCCUUUAAAAUGAAGAGGGAAAAGUUCUGUGUUAUAAGACACCACCUAGACAAUAGUUGAUGCCCUUUAUAAUGCUGAGGAAAGAUCCAAUACCCACUUUAUAGCCUAUGUAAGAUUUUUUGCUAAACACAGUUAUGCUCUGGGGUUUAUGCCUUGGCAGUUUGACCAGCAUUUCUGCAUCCAUGAAAACACGCCAUGCUAUGGUGGGAUUGGAGCUACAGUAAAGUCUGAUUUACUUCCAUAAGCUUGCUAGUAUAUGAAGUACCAAUUAACGGCUAACAUAGGAAGUUAGACAGUACUAAUGACUUUUAUUCCUUGGUGAGAUAUUCUU